AUGACGGAAACAAUAAAUAUCCUGGUUUCGACCUUCCCAGGACUGGGCGCGGCAUCGACCGUAUCUUUCCCCAUCGAAUCCACGUCAGCCGCAUCAGAGAUAUGGGACCAACUAGAGCGCCGGGUGGCUCUCCCAAACCAGCGCCUCUUCCUCACCACACACUCUAACAAGAACAUCUCAUCAACAUCGACACAAAAAGUCCGGUCUCUUCUACCAGACCCCAGCAAUGACUUCCUUUCACUCCGACUUUCGGCCCCGUUAUGUGGUGGCAAGGGUGGCUUCGGGUCCCAGCUCCGUGCCGCCGGUGGUCGCAUGUCGUCAAAGAAAAAGAGCAACGGCGAUAACAACGGAUCAAGUCGCAACCUGGAUGGACGUCGUGUCAGGACCGCCAACGAGGCCAAGGCGUUGGCCGAGUACCUAGCCAUUAAGCCCGACAUGGAGAAGAAGGAAAAAGAGAAGCGUCGGAAACGGUGGGAGGAGAUCGUGGAGAUGACAGAGAAGAAGGAGCACGAAAUCAAGUACGGGGGCAAGGGUCGUCUCGACGGAAAGUGGGUGGAGGACAAAGAGGAGGCAGGGGAGAGGACAAGAGAUGCCGUGCUCGCGGCUCUUAAGGCGGGAAACAUCACCGACAACAUGAUUGUGACCCCAGGCUCCAGCAGCAAAGACGUUGUAGUACCACUAGAGGAGGCCUCUAGUGACGAGGAUAUGGCCGAAGGUGGUGAGAGCGAGAGUUCAGCACCAACUUCGCCACCAUCGGAACCUGAAAAGGUCGACAAAGGAAAGGGCAAGGAAAAGGCACCGACUCAAGCCAAGGCUCCGGCAAAGAGCAUGAAGUUCAGCGGCUUUGACGAAGAUGACGAGUUCAUGAGUUCAGAUGAUGAGAACGAGAGCAAAUAG